AUCAUCAGCACUCAGCAGCAGCAGCAGCACGACCACAGCAGUACACAGGAGUACUGCAGCUGUGUAGUACUCAUACUCCCCAGUACUGCGUUGCCCUUCUUCUUCUCUGCCUGCAGAUGGACUCACCGGCGCCCCCCAGCCUCUCUCCGGUCGCUAUCUUCUCUCUGUUAGCAUGUGGCGUCCAGGUGUUAGCCGCUGUGCUGCUGACACACAGGUACGGUGGGCGGAGCUCCGCUCAGGACAGGUGGGUCCUGCUGUGGCUCUUCUAUGAUGUCAUCGUCCACCUGACGCUGGAGGGUCCGUUUGUUUACACGUCUCUGGUUGUUUGUUGUUUACAUUUUCAGGAGGGUCCUAAAGCUGACAGCCGCUGGUUAGUUUCUGAUCCAACGAUCGUCUCCGUGGAGAUUCUGACCGUCGUCCUCGACUCUCUGCUGGCUCUGCUCCUGAUUCAUGCAGUACUGAAUGACAAGUACUACAGACACUUCCUGCAGAUCGCUCUGAGCGUGUGCGAGCUGUACGGCGGCUGGAUGACCUUCUGUCCUGACUGGCUGCUCGGCAGUCCCCACCUGGACACGUCCAGCUGGCUCCACCUGUGGGUCUACCUGGUGUUCUUUAAUGGCGUCUGGGUCCUGGUCCCGGUCCUGCUGCUGGCCCAGUCCUGGUUCUGUCUCCGCAGUCUGCACACGCUCAGAACGGACAAAAACCACAUCAGCAGGAAGAACAUGUAGACGCGUUGUUGUGUCGUCUGUUGUUGUGUCUGAUCUCAUGAUGACUUGAUUCUUUCUUAGAAAUCGAAACAGGAGAAACUCCUGAAAUUGUCCUUCAAAACACUGAUUACAAAUCAGGUCACAAUUAAACAGCACAACCUGUCGUCUGGAUCAACUCUAAAAUCUUUAUUUUUAUUAUAAAUAGAAUGUGAAUAGUCAAUAAAGCGUUGGGAUGAUCA